CUCCUGAACAACGAGGGCUCCUUGCUCGCCUACUCGGGCUACGGGGACACCGAUGCCAGGGUCACCGCGGCCAUCGCCAGCAACAUCUGGGUGGCCUACGACAAGAACGGGCACCAGGCCUUCAAUGAGGACAACCUCAAAUUCAUCCUCAUGGACUGCAUGUACGCGAAGGAGACAGUUGGAUUUGGGAUGCUGAAGGCCAAGAAGCUCCUCUGUCCCCCGUGCCAGCCCCGGUGCCGCACCGCCCCUGUUUAA